AUGCACAACAUCAAUCUUAACAUGAACAUGAACAUGGACCUGAGCAUGGGCCUGAGCAUGGGCCUGAAAAACCCGACCAAAAAGAGAGUUACAUUUAGCCCUUUUGAGACGAUCGAAUACACAUAUAGUGCAGCAGAGUACGAUCGAUCUCGUUUUGCAGUCUAUCCACCCACAACCAUAUCUUCAUUCCGCCCUCCAGUUCCCGUACCAGCCCUGUCUAUUUUGUCGUCUAUGCAGUCUACCCAGCCUAUCACACCAGCCAAGCGCCCCUGUGUUGCGCCACUCAAUCUUUCAAUGAUCCCAAACGGUUCUCGCCGUUCACUUACAGCCAACCUUGACUUGCCACCAUUGGCUAAAAAAAUUACCCAAAAACCAAAGUUAUUUGUCGACACGAAAUCAAUCAGUACCAAUGGUCCCCUGUUCUUCACCAAAUUAUCCACCCACUACAAAAGUCUUUCUGCUUACCCUGACGACGACGACGAAGAUAAUAACUACAUACCUUUGACAGCUGUACAGCAAUCGGCAAUGCUUGUAAUUGGUUAA